AUGGCUUGUUCAGUACUAUCAUCACAAGCCAUGAAAGUUUCACAGAGUCUUGUUGGGAUCUAUGCCCUAGCUUUGCUCAUUUCUUGCUCAUUCCAUGCAAAAGCAGCUGCUCAUCAAGAUAAUGAAGAUUUGAAAGUCAAGAGAUCUGACUUCCCAAGUAAUUUUAUUUUUGGAGCCGCUACAUCAGCCCAACAAAUUGAAGGCUCUGGAAAUGAAGGUGGGAGAGGACCAAGUAUAUGGGACACAUAUGCUGCCACCCCAGGUAAUAUUAAGGAUGGAAAUAACUCUUUAAUAGCAACUGAUUCAUACAGACGAUACAAGGAAGAUAUAAAGCUCUUAAAGGACCUCGGAGUCGAUUCUUACAGAUUUUCCAUUUCUUGGACCAGGAUUUUGCCUCAGGGUUCACUGAGUGGUGGAAUAAACCAAGAGGGUAUUGACUUCUACAACAAUUUGAUCGAUGAACUAAUAGCAAAUGGCAUGAAACCAUUUGUGACAAUUUUACAUUUUGACACACCACAAGCUCUCGAAGACAAGUAUGGUGGCUUUUUGGGUCGUCCAAUUGUAGAUGACUUCAAAGACUACAGUGAACUUUUGUUCAAAACAUAUGGAGACAGAGUAAAACAUUGGGUUACAAUUAAUGAACCAUUUGUAGUGGCACUGGCAUAUGACUUAGGGAAAGGUGCACCGGGAAGAUGCUCGUUGCCGCCGCCUGUCGGUCCAUGUCCGGCCGUCGGUAACUCAUCCACAGAACCUUACAUUGUAAGCCAUAACUUUAUCCUUGCCCAUGCUGCAGCUGCUAAGCUCUACAAGGAAAAGUACCAAAAAAUACAAGGAGGAGAAAUUGGCAUUGUUGUUGUUGGAGAGUUUAUGGAGCCUUUAACAGACACACCAGAUGACAAAGCAGCUGCAAUAAGAUACAUGGAAUUUCUUUUUGGAUGGCAUUUGGAACCAUUGAUAUUUGGAGAUUAUCCACAAAUCAUGAGAGAUUAUGUUCAAGAGAGACUACCAUUUUUUACUCAGGAAGAGAAGAAGUUGAUAAAGGGGUCUUUGGAUUUCAUUGGGGUCAACUACUAUACCUCCAGAUAUGCUUAUAACUCUGAACCAGUGGAACCAAAACACUAUCUUGGCGACUCUUUAUCAGCAACCACAACUUUGAAAGAUGGAGUUCUAAUUGGUCCAAAGGCAAAAGGGAAUAGAUAUGUGUACAGUUAUCCAAUUGGGCUACAAAAACUAUUGGAGUACAUGAAGAUAAAAUACAUAAAUCCUGUUAUUUACAUUACAGAGAAUGGAUAUCCUGAUGCAAAUGUCCCAGACCGACCACUUCAAGUAUCACUUAGUGAUCAAGCUCGAACCGAUUACAUUCUUCAACAUUUAUACUACACAAAAGAAGCGAUAAAGAAUGGUGUGAAUGUGAAAGGUUACUUUUACUGGUCACUAUUAGACAACUUCGAAUGGGGAAGUGGGUAUACAGUGAGAUAUGGAUUAUACUUCGUUGAUUACAGUGAUAAUCUUAAACGUUAUCCCAAACGAUCUGCUUUAUGGUUUCCAACAUUUUUGAAAGAAACCCUAAAUGACACUUCAGUAGUGUUGGAAUGGGAGUUGAGAGGAAGAAUUGGGAUUUUGUGA